UGAACUUCGAAAGGGAUGACGGGUAAAUAACAUGGCAGAAUGGUUCUUCCCAAAGAUCUAACACCAGUUGAGGAAUACUUGCUGAAAAAGUUUGCGCUUUUAAAAAGAAAGAAAAAAGCUUUACAGAGGGAGAAAGAGAAAGCUGAAGCAGCUAAAAAUGUCAAGCCUGGGACCAAAAGAGCUGCUCCAGACAAAGUGCAUCCCCCAAAAGAUGCCAAGGAAAUAGCCAAACAACUUAUUGCAUCAGGGACGGUGAAGAUAAAGAAGGAUAACACACAUCGCGAGUUUAAGAGAACAAAAUCUGAAAGCAGGAAGAUCAGAGAAGGGCAACAUGGAUCCAGACCACCACAAUCAUCAUCUCAUGAAUCACCUGAAAAUUCACAGAGGUCUCAAGUAAAGAACUUAUAUGACAGUUUUGUUCCAGCUGGGAGAAGAGGUUCYCCAGACUCUGGGUCACGUGGAUAUCAUUAUCAUGGCCAGGAAAGAAAAAGAGGAAAGAUGAUCUUUGUGAGCGGCAUUGGCCUUACAGAAAAAAUUCUCAAUACUGCUUUCAAUAACUUUGGUGAGGUAGAGAGAACCCACUUUGAAAAAGAAAAGAACCAUGGUUUUGUAACAUUUGACUCAUUUGAAGCUGCUGAAAAAGCGAUCGAAGAGAUGAAUGGCUUGAUGGUAUCUGGUGUUCAUAUMAAAGUUGCUCUUGCAAGAAGACAGCCUUAUUUAGAUGAGGCUCACUCUCACGGCAGACGUUCACAGUGGGGUAGUAGAGAUGGACGUGGUGGACCUAGUGACACACAACAUCAAGAGAGAAGAUCYCUGGUAGUGUAUGAUGAUGAGAUUUGAUAACAAAGACAUGAAAACAGUGUAAAAAACUUUAAUAUUUAAUACUGUACAGAAACAUCUUGUAAAAU